GGGCCGGCCCCCACCGGAGGGAGCGGCCCCCUUUGUGUCCGCCCCGGGAUCCGGCCCCGCUCGCGCGGCUGGGGGGCGCCCCACGGAAGUGAGCCCCCCCCGGAGGAGGGCCGGGCACUGCCCCCCGCGGUGUGAUCCCCGGAUUCGGGUCUAGCAGCGUUUCCAGCCCACCCGGUUCUGCGUGUGGUGAAGAUUUGUGUCCGGCGGGGGGGGACCGGACCCCCCCGUCUCGUUUUUUUAAUUAUUUCGUGGACAAUGUUCUCCGCGGCCGCCCGCCGCUGGAUCGUAGCGGGUGCGGGUUUCUGGACGGCUUUGUAAAGCGGUCUCUCUGGGAGGGACGGCAGGAGACGGGAUGGAUGAUCGGAAACCGCCCAGCCAGGCCAAAGACUGUGAGGUGCCAGCCGACGGGGGUGCGUCUUCGGAAGAGCGGGGCGGCGCAGAAGGAGGCCCCCUGAAGCCGCCGGAAGGGGCUCCCACUGCCCAGGAGCCAGAAGCCAAGGAGCCGCCCCAGACCUGCAGCACCCUGCCCAGGCGUUGUGCCCUCUGCAACUGUGGCGAGCGGAGCCUGCAUGGGCAGGGGAUGCUGCAGCGCUUUGAGCCGGCGCCUGACUGGACUGAGCGUCUCUCUGGGCUGCCGGAUGGGAGGGGCCCUGGCGAGACUUGGGCCCCUGGGGACGACCUGUCCCUGAUCGGCUUCGCGGAGGGGGUGUCACCAGAAGAGCUCUUUGGGCCAGCGGGGCACUGCUGGGCCCACCACUGGUGCGCUGCCUGGUCGGCGGGGGUGCAGCCACAGGCUGGAGCUGGGCUGAGCGACGUGGACAAAGCUGUUUUCUCAGGGAUCUUGCAGAAAUGUGAACAUUGUCAGAGGAUGGGUGCUACCAUUCAGUGCCACUCGGAGGGGUGUCCGCGGCACUACCACUUCCCAUGCGCGGCAGCCAGCGGCUCCUUCCAGUCCAUGAAAACCCUCCGGCUCCUGUGCCCAGAGCACGUGGCUGAGGCGGUGCAGAUGGAGGACUCGCGAUGCAUGGUUUGUGACGGGCUGGGGGAACUGCGCGACCUGCUCUUCUGCACCAGCUGUGGGCUGCACUACCACGGCACCUGCCUGGACGUCCCCGUCACGCCGCGCAAGCGCUCUGGCUGGCAGUGCCCCGAGUGCAAAGUCUGCCAAACAUGCAGACAGCCUGGCGCGGACUCCAUGAUGCUAGUGUGCGAGGCCUGUGAUAAGGGCUACCACACAUUCUGCUUGAAGCCGGCCAUCGAGAGCCUUCCCACGGACUCCUGGAAGUGCAAGAACUGCCGGGUGUGCUCCGACUGUGGGUCACGGCCAGCGGCGCUCGACCCCGGGUGCCACUGGUAUGAGAACUACUCGGUGUGUGAAGGGUGCCAGCGUCAGCGGAGCGCGGCGGGAGGCACCGAUGCUGCGCGGUGCUGUCAGAGCUGCCAGAAGCCCUUGCCCCCGGACAGCAACGCGGCAGGGGGUUCCACCUGCCAGGCAUGUCAAAGGCAGCAGAAGCACCCGCAGCCGGACGGGGCCGGACCCCAGGAAGAGAUGCCCUUGGAGUGUGAUGCCAAACCACUAGGUCCUGCUCCAGAGGCAGAGGAGCCAGAGGAGAUGCCAGGCCUGGCAGCACCUGCUAAGGACGAGACGACGGAGCCGACACCCCCCGAGACAGCCCCUGAACCACCACCCCCACCACCAGCCCCCCCAGACCCCCCUGUUCCCACGUCACCCACCCGCCCUGAAGAGCCACCACCGGAUGCCAAAGAGGAUGUGGCCUGCACGCAGCCAGCGGGACCCCCUGCCAUCACCGCAGCCCCGCUGGAGCCUGCAGGCAGCCCCCAGGCCCCCAUGGAGAAGGAGCCUGCUGCCGCCUCCCCAUCUUGGACAGAGACGCCCCCUGCAGCCCCCCAGCUGUGCCCCCUGCAGCCCAGGGAAGCGAUGGAGUGUGGGGAGGAGGAGGGGAUGGACACGGCAGGAGGCGAGGCAGGGUCCCUGGCCAGCCCCGCGAGGGAUGGCACCCAGUCCACCCCAGCUGUGGCCCUGGGGCCGUUCCCUGGCUUGACGGGGGAAGAAGAGGAGGAGGCAGCUGCUGGGCUGGAGCAGGCAGGGGCUGCGGGACGGUGCUCUCCCCAGCUGAGCGAGGAUGGGUUGGAGGAGAGCCGGGGCGGGGGGGACCCUGAGUCCAGCCAGACCCCAGUCAGCUUCAACAGCGAGCCCAAGGGGUCCCCCAUGCUGCUGGAGCCCGAGGAGCUGGGCCCGGCUACCCCGAUGGAGGUGUACAGGACAGGUGGGAAGCUGCUGGAGCGUGGGGAGGAGGUGGGCCCCGAGCCCCCCGUCCUGCGGCCUCGCCCCACGCUCAUCAAGUCGGACAUCGUCAACGAGAUCUCCAACCUGAGCCAGAGCGACACCCGAAGCAGCUUCCCUGGGUCGGAGCCCCUGCUGGGCUCUCCCGACCCCGAGGGCGGUGGCUCGCUCUCCAUGGAGCUCGGCAUGACCUCCACCGACAGCCUGCAGAAGGACGAUGCCAGCUCCCUGCCCCACUGCACCGACUCGCUGGCCGAGACGGACGACUCGCUGCUCUUCGAGCCGGGCGCCGGGGCCAAGGGCGAGGGGGAGAAGGGGCGUCGGCGCAGCUCCCCGGGGCGCUCCCGCCUCAAGCAGGGUCGCAGCAGCAGCUUCCCAGGGAGGAGGCGCCCCCGAGGCGGGACCCAGGGGGGCCGGGGCCGGGGCCGAGCUCGGCUGAAGUCAACCACCUCAUCCAUUGAGACCCUCGCGCUAGCGGAUAUCGACAGCUCCCCCAGCAAGGAGGAUGACGAGGAGGAGGACGACACCAUGCAGAACACUGUGGUGCUUUUCUCCAACACGGAUAAAUUCGUCCUCAUGCAGGUGGGGGAGAAGAAGGGGGUUCUAGGGAGAGGAGGAGCUGGGUGCGUGUGCUGUGUGCAGUGUGGGGCGGGCUCCCCUGGAUUCCACUGUGAGUGGCAGAACAACUACACGCACUGCGCCCCCUGCGCCAGCCUUGUCACCUGCCCCGUCUGCCGGGUGAAGUACGUGGAAGACGACCUGCUCAUCCAGUGCAGGCACUGCGACCGGUGGCUCCAUGCCGUGUGCAACAAUCUCUUCACGGAGGAGAAGGUGGAACAGGCGGCAGACGAGGGCUUCGACUGCAGCUCCUGCCAGCCCUAUGUGGUCAAGCCAGUCGUUCCAGUCACCCCCCCAGAGAUUAUCCCAGUGAAGAUCAAGGAGCCAGAGCCCCAGUAUUUCCGCUUAGAAGGCGUCUGGCUGACGGAGACGGGCAUGGCCGUGCUGCGCAACCUGUCCAUGUCCCCCCUGCACAAGCGCAGGCAGCGCAAGACCCGGCUGGGCAUCCUGAAUGGGGAGGGGGGCCUGGAGGGAGGCGACCCCCUGGGCACGGAUGAGAAAAAGGACGGGGAUUUGGACGGGGACGACCUGCUGAAGGGUGAAGUGGGUGUGGAGCACAUGGAGUGUGAGAUCAAACUGGAAGCUGCUGCCAGCCCCGAGCGGGACGGGGGGGCCGACAUGGACUCAGGGAAGGGGCUGGAGGAUUCGGAGGAGUGCAAGAAGAGGAAGCGGAAGCCCUACCGCCCCGGGAUCGGUGGGUUCAUGGUGCGGCAGCGGAAGUCCCAUACCCGGCUGAAGAAGGGCUCAGCGGCGCUGGUGGAGGCAUGUCGCGAGGUGCUGAGCGCCGAGGGGCAUCCGGAGGACGGGGCGCCGGCGGAGAUCCCUGUGGAGGGCGCUGUGGAGCAGGGUGCCACAGAGGGGGACGAGAAGAAGAAACGCCGAGGCAGGAAGAAGAGCAAGUUGGAGGAUAUGUUCCCUGCCUACCUCCAGGAAGCGUUCUUCGGGAAGGCGCUCAUGGACCUGAGCCGAAAGGCCUUGCUGGCUGCGGGGGGUGUGGGGGAUGGAGCUGCCUGCCCCCCCUUUGGCCAGGGUGCUCCCAGACCCAGGGUGGACCCUGGGGUGCCUGGAACACUCCAGAGGGUGCCUGGAGAUGGGAAGGAGACCCCUGCCCAUCUGAAAGGGGAUGACAGCAUGGACAGCAGCACCCUGGCCGCCCAAGAGGAGGACCCGAAAGGGGCGGAAGCGAAGGCUGAGGACCCAGGGCCAGAGGAGCCGAAAGGUUCUCCGGAUCCUGGGGACAGUGAGAAACCGGCGACGCCCGGUGAGGGUGCUCUCAGCUCCGACCUUGACAAGAUCCCCACAGAAGAAUUGCCCAAGAUGGAGAGCAAGGACAUCCAGCAGCUCUUCAAGGAUGUGCUGGGCUCUGCCGAGAGGGAACAGCAGCUGAACUGUGUGGCGGCAGGGAUGGAGGCCGGCAUGGGAGGGCGAGACCCCAACCGGGCGCAGCUCUCCCAGAGGCCCUUCCUGCAAGGGAGUGUUUCUCUGGGCUCUCUCUCCUCCACUGUCCCCAUGGAGUCCUACUCGGGAGUCUGCCAGUCCCCGUUCCUCGAUAACAGAGAGAGAAGCGGCUUCUUCAGCCCAGACCACUGCGAGCCCGAGAGCCCUUGGGCCAGCAGCUCGGCUGCCACCACCCCUUCCACGCCCACCACCCCAACCACGGAGGGUGAGGGGGAUGGGCUCUCCUACAACCAGCGGAGCCUACAGCGCUGGGAGAAGGACGAGGAGCUGGGCGAGCUGUCCACCAUCUCGCCCGUACUCUAUGCCAACAUGAACUUCCCCAGUCUCAAGCAGGAUUACCCAGACUGGUCCAGCCGCUGCAAACAGAUCAUGAAGCUCUGGAGAAAGGUCCCAGCCCCGGACAAAGCCCCCUACUUGCAAAAGGCCAAAGAUAACCGGGCAGCUCAUCGCAUCAACAAGGUGCAGAAGCAGGCCGAGAGCCAAAUCAACAAGCAGACCAAAGGAGAGGUGCUGCGCAAGCCUGAGAGACCCUCACUGCACCUGAGGAUCCCGCCCCAGCAGGGGGCACUGCCUGGUGCUGCGGGGCAGCCUGUCUACAUCAACAGCCCAGUGGCCCUUCCCGGCUCUGCAGACGGGUUCCUGAAGUCCCCUGCUGGCGCCGAAGCGGCGACUGAGUCCAGCGAGCUCUUCCUCAAGCUUCCUUCCCAGUCGCCAGCCCAAGUGCCUUCACACGACCCCUACGGCAUGGCCCCCACCUACCUGCUGGAGCCCCGCUUCCCCUCGCCCCUGGGCCAGAGCCCCACAGCCGGAGCUGCCUUCCAGCCCUUCCCCACACAACAGCAGCAGCAGCUCCUGCCCACUCCCCGGCAGGCCCUGGGCCCCCAGCCUCCAGAGUUCCACCCCACCUCCCCCGGGACCCCCCGGCACCAGCCCUCCACUCCAGACCCCUUCCUGAAACCUCGCUGCCUCAGUGGCUCUCUGGACAACCUGUCGGUGCCGGGGAGCCCUGGGGCCAGGCCCCCUGAACCCUUGCUCUCGCCCCCUCCCUUCGGGGAGCAGAAGAGGGGCCUGGAGGCUGGGGGGCUGCAGGUGAAGAAGGAGGAAGGGGGCCCAGGAGUGUGUUCUCCUGGCUACAUGGCCGCCAUGGGCUACGCCGACUCCCCGUCCCACCUCUCCUCCACAGAGCUGAAGGCAGCCGACGUGUUCAAAGCCCCCCUGACCCCACGGGUCUCUCAGGUAGAGCCACAGAGCCCAGGGCUGGUGCAACCCCACCCCCAGGCUCUGGCCCCCUCACCUCCCAGCCACCCCGAUCUUUAUAGGCAGUCGCCCUCCGUGUCCUGCUACUCGGACCCCUAUGCCCAGCCCCCUCUGACGCCCCGGCCACAGCUCCCCGACAGCUGCUGUGCCCUGCCCCCCAGGUCCUUGCCUUCCGACCCCUUCUCCCGCGUCCCCGCCAGCCCGCAGUCCCAGUCCAGCUCCCAGUCCCCUCUGACCCCUCGGCCGCUCUCCAAUGAGGCUUGCUGCCAGUCACCCGUCACCCCUCGCUUCCAGUCACCUGACCCCUACUCCAGACCCCCAUCGCGCCCCCAGUCCCGGGACCCCUUUGCCCCCUUGCACAAGCCCCCCCGGCCCCAAAUGCCCGACUCCGGCUUCAAAUCGAUCCCAGUCUCCCACAAUCCCCCAGCUGGCGGGGGCUUCCCCCCAGCCCAGCCCAGUGACCCUCACUCCAAGGGGCCGGGGAGCCAGCAGCCCCCCUUCGCUCGCUCCCCAGGAGCCAGCGUCUUCCCUGGCGCCCAGGCCCAGAUGCGAUUCACCUUCCCCCCAUCUGGCUCAGAGCCCCUCAAGAGUUCCCCCUCCCACCAACCCCACGGGAUGAACAGCCAUUUCGCCUCUAGCCAGCCCAUGGGCAAGUCUCAAAGCGCCAACUAUGCCUCCUCGCCUGGCUUCCACCAGGCCGGUAGCCCCCUGGGGCCUGGCAGCUGCCCUGCUGAGACCUACAACCUCUCUCCCCUGCGGCCCCCCUUAGUGCUGCCACAGCAGCCCCCCCAUCCCCAGCAGCAGCAGGAAGGCUCCCUGACCUACUUGCCCCGAGCUGGGAUGGCGCCGCCAGCCGACAAGCGGGACGAGGUGGCGUCGGGGAUCUCUGCUCUCCCCAGCCGGGAGCUGCCCGAACUGCCAGUCAGCCAGGAGGGUGUCGUCAGCAGUAUCAGCCAGUCGGAGCUGGAGAAGCAGAGGCAGCGCCAGAGACUCCGUGAGCUCCUCAUCCGCCAGCAAAUUCAGAGGAACAACCUGCGGCAGGAGAAGGAGAGCGCUGCCGCCGCCACCAGCUCCUCCCAGGCAGCGUGGAGCGCCGAAGCCAGCAGCCAGGCCUUCGAGCAGCUCAGGGGCCUGGCACCCUACCAGCCAGCACAGGACAAGAGCGCCCUCGGGAAUCUGCCUGCGGCCCCUGGCAGCAGCAGACUCUCCGGGCCACUCAUGGUGCCCGCAGCCUUCGCACCGGACGAGCGGCUUUCCCGCCCGCCUCCUGCCGCCACGCCCUCCUCCAUGGAUCUCAACGGCAGGCCAUCGGUGGGAGUGCCCCAGACCUUCUUCCCACGCGGCAUCUUCCAGGGGCCCUCACCACAGCAGCAGCAGAUGUGGCAGCAGCAGCAGGCGGCUGUGCGGCUCCCCAGCCCUGCCCCUGCCCGAUUCCAGCAGCUGCCUGGCCAUGAGCUCAGCCGGCCGGCGCUGGGGGGCCUGGCUGGGCGCAUGGCGGGCCCUGCCGAGCAGAUCCCAUCCUCGCCCGGAGCUGUGGGGGCCCAGUUCAUUGAGCUGCGGCACAAUGCCCAGAAGGGGGCAGCUGGGGGCAUGGGUUCCCCCUUCGCCCAGCAGGGCCCUCCGGCCAGACCACGCUUCUUCCUGCCCAGCGACGAGAGCUCCAGCCAGGCCCUGCGUGCCUCCGUCAUGCCUCUGCCAGCCCCUCUGCCACCCUCCACUACUUCCCCGCAGGGGGCUGAGCGGAGCCACCAGCCUCCCCCGAAAAGCGGCCCCCCGCCUCCCAGCAGCCUGGAGCUUCAGCAUGGCCCUCCCCGGCCUCUGUCGUCAUCCUCCGGCUCUGGCCUGCGUCCCGACGGCCCCAAGGACGGCCCCGCCAUGGAGCCCCCGCUGGCUCCGGUCCCGGCUCCAGCUCCCAGCAAGAGCCAUCUGGCGCUGGAGGGUGGGCGACUCCCAUGUGAGGUGCCAGUGGAGCCUGACCUGGACGACGACUUCGACUCCCACAAGGACCUGGAGGAUGAUGACCUGGCCAACCUGAGCCUGGACCCGGACGUGGCCAAGGGAGAUGACGACCUGGGCAACCUGGACAACCUGGAGACCAACGACCCCCACCUGGAUGACCUGCUGAACGGUGAUGAGUUCGACCUGCUGGCCUACACUGACCCCGAGCUGGACACAGGAGACAAGAAGGACAUCUUCAACGAGCACCUGCGCCUGGUGGAGUCGGCCAACGAGAAGGCCGAGCGCGAGGCUCUGCUCAAGAGGGAGCCGGCUGGGCCCUGCCCCAAGGGCCCUGGGGAGCUCAAGGAGCUGGCACCCCCCAGGGAGGGGCUGCCGCCCACCCCUUGCCCCUCCAGCACGGCACCAGCUCCCCACCUGAUCUUCAAGGCCCAGGCCAGCAUCCUAGAAGCCAAGCCGGCCUCCCUGCCGGCCAGUGUCCAACCCAAGCUGGAGGAAGGCUGCCUGAAGACAUCCCCCUGCCAGUUCAACACUGGCGCCUCUGACCGCCUCCCGGUCCCCAUCAAGUCAGAGGCCCUCCAGGGGGCUGAGAAAAUGGCUGCCUCCCUAGGCCUGACCCUCAAGCCUGGCCAGAACCUGCUGAGUCCCGGAGCGGGGCCCGUGCGGCUCGGCACCACCCCCUUCCCUACCAACAGCCAAGUUGCCACCUCUGGCUCAGACAAGGGCCCCUAUGCUGCCCCGGGCCGCGGGCUGGCCCCCGGCCAGAGCACUGCCCUACUGGAGAUGGAUGGAGGGGCCUUGGGCCUGGCUAAUGCCCAGCACUCGCCGGCUGAUGACCUGCAGAAGAUGGAAAGCUCCCUGGUGGCCAGCGAGCUGCCUCUGCUCAUUGAGGACCUGCUGGAGCAUGAGAAGAAGGAGCUGCAGAAGAAGCAGCAGAUGUCAGCCCACCUGCCGGGGGGUGCCCAGCACCUCCAGACUGUGCAGCAGCAGCAGCAGCAGCAGCACUCCAUACUGGCUCAGCCUGCAGGACCGGCCCAGCCCCCGGACGGGCAGGCUCCCCGCCUGCUGGGGCCCCAGCAACAGCUGCAGCUGGGCCUCAUCGCCAGGCAGCAGAACCUGGUGCCCACCCAACAGCUAAUGACGCAGCAGCAGCGGGUGGGGGGACCCCAGCAGGGCCAAGUGCUGGCCCCACACAUGGCAAUGGUGCAGCCCCAGCCCCAUGUCCCCACGGCCCAGCACGGCGUCCAGCUGGCACUGACCCCGCAGCCGAACCAGCAGCAGGUGCUGGUGCAGAAGAAGAUACCUGGAGUGCAGCCGAACCCCAUGGGCACAAAACCCCAGCAGCUUGUCAUGCAGCAGCAGCAGCAGGUGGCCAACAGCUUCUUCCCUGACACAGACCUGGAUAAGUUUGCGGCAGAGGACAUCACGGACACCAUCACCAAGGCGAAGAUGGUGGCACUGAAGGGCAUCAAGAAGGUGAUGGCUCAGGGAAGCAUUGGGGUGGCGCCUGGGAUGAACAGGCAACAGGUGUCCCUGCUGGCUCAGCGGCUCUCAGGGGCCCCGGCCACGGCUGAACUGCAGAACCACGUCCCAGCUGGGAGCGGACAGGAGCGAAGUGGCAGCGACCCAUCUCAGGCCCGCCCCAAUCCACCCACCUUUGCUCAGGGUGUCAUCAACGAGGCUGACCAGCGGCAGUACGAGGAGUGGCUCUUCCACACCCAGCAGCUUCUGCAGAUGCAGCUGAAGGUGCUGGAGGAGCAGAUCGGCGUGCACCGCAAGUCGCGCAAGGCCCUGUGCGCCAAGCAGCGCACGGCCAAGAAGGCCGGCCGCGAGUUCCCCGAGGCUGAUGCGGAGAAGCUCAAGCUGGUGACGGAGCAGCAGAGCAAGAUCCAGAAGCAGCUGGACCAGGUUCGGAAGCAGCAGAAGGAGCACACCAACCUGAUGGCCGAGUACCGCAACAAGCAGCAGCAGCAUCAGCAGAGCUCUGCCGUUAUGGCCCUGAGCCCCUCGCAGAGCCCCCGGCUCAUGGCCAAGCUCCCGGGCCAGCUGCUCUCCGCCCAUGGUGUCCAGCAACAGCUCCCCCAGCAACCCGGGGCUAUGGUGGGGGUGCAAGGCCUGGCCCAGCAGCCCAACCAGCUGGCAGGGCAAGCAGGCAACGUGCGCUUGCCCCAGGGUGGAGUCUCCAUGGCAGUCCAGCAGGGCCUGUCCUUCAUGGGCCAGCAGCAGCUGGGGAAUGCAGCCGUCCCGGGCACGUCCAACAGCUUCUUCCCUGGGAAUCCCGCGCUCCGGGGGCUGGCCGCUGACACCCGGCUGAUGCAGGAAAGGCAGUUGCAGAGGAUGCAGCUGGCUCAGAAACUGCAGCAGCAGCAAAGCAUGCUGGGACAGGUGUCGUCAUUGCAGCAGCAGCAGCAGAGCAUGCUGGGACAGGUGUCGUCAUUGCAGCAGCAGCAGCAGAGCAUGCUGGGACAGGUGUCCUCAUUGCAGCAGCAGCAGCAGCAGAGCAUGCUGGGACAGGUGUCGUCAUUGCAGCAGCAGCAGCAGCAGAGCAUGCUGGGACAGGUGUCCUCAUUGCAGCAGCAGCAGCAACAACAAGGCAUGCUGGGACAGGUGUCGUCAUUGCAGCAGCAGCAGCAGCAGCAAGGCAUGCUGGGACAGGUGUCGUCAUUGCAGCAGCAGCAGCAGCAGCAGCAGCAACAAGGCAUGCUGGGACAGGUGUCGUCAUUGCAGCAGCCCCCUGCUCCCCAGCAGGGUAGUGGGGGGCAGCCCAUGGUUCCAAAGCAGCAGGGGAUCCUGGUCCAGCAGCUCUCGCCUCAGCCGCAGGCAGGGAUGAUGGGGCACUCCCAGGUGUCCAUGCUGCAGCAUCAGGGCGUCGCAGGCCACCAGAAUGCCCCGAGGCAGGUGCUGUUAGCGCCCCACCAGCAGAGGGUGCUGGGCUCGCCUCAGCUGGUGCAGCAAACUCACGGCCUCCUGGGCCACCGGCUGAUUUUAUCACCAGCACAGCAGCAGCAGGCGGGACUUCUGGGCCAGUCACGGACUUUGCUGACGCAGCAGCAGCAGAGCUCUCUAGCACAGCAUCCAGCCCUGCUGGGGCAGGGGCAGGCUGCCAAGCAGCAGAUACAGCACUUUUCACAGCAUGGGGCCCUGGGCCAGUCCUCCUCCAUGCUACACUUGAGUCAGGGAGUUCAGCCAGCCCCACAGGGCACGGCCACCAAGGAGCAGCAGGGAGGGACAGAGAACACUGUGCUGCCUGCAGAGGGUGCCGAGGGCAGGGGGCAGCAUCAGGUUCAGCUGGCAGCUGCUGGGGGUGGGCCGGGCAGCCAGGACCUCGGGGGGCAGCCGCACAUGGGCACUCAGGAGCAGCAGGGCAUUCAGAACCUCAAUCCCCUGGCACUAGCCAGCCAGGAGCAGCUGGCGCCCCUGGGCGGAGAGCAGCAGCCGCAGAAACACCAGCCCGAGCCAGGACAGCAACAGCCCUGCCCGCUGCCCUCCCCGCAGCAGACCAUGGCGAGCUCCCUGCAGCUGCAGCAGCCGCAGCGAAUGCAGGGGGGCCCGCAGCAAAGCAACCUGCUUCAUCCGCCACUGCAGAACAGCGGGGGGCUGGCGCAGCUGGGGGGCACCAUGAGGCCAGAGCAGCCACACUCGGACCCUGCCCAGGGGCCUCACAUGCUGGGCCCACAGAGCUCAGUGGCAGAACAGCAACAGCAGCCCGGGAGCAUGAUGAGCCAGGGGCAAAGCCUCAUGGGCCAGCAGCCGCUGCAGAGGAUUGUGGGCCAACCACCAGCACAGAGCCUAGAACAGCAACCGAAAGGGCUGAUGGGCCAGCGGCUGCCGAGCCCGGCGGCACAGCACAAGGCUGGGCUGAUGGGGCAGCCGCAGCAGAGCAUGCUGGUCCCGCAGGUGUCCCAUGCACAGAGCAUCCUGAGCCAGGUGUCUGCUCCUAUGAUGGGCCAAAUCCGAGCUCAGCUGCAAGGCGUCAUCUCCAAAAACCCGCAGCUGCGACACCUCACCCCGCAGCAGCUGCAGGCCAUCCUGGUGCAGCGCCACCAGCAGAGCCUGCUGCAGCAGAGCCAGGCACUCAGGCAGGCCCAGGCAUCCGUUGAGCAGGGGCCGCAGCCCCCCUCGGCCCUGCAGGCCUCCAUGGUGCGCCAGCCACUGAGGCAGCUGGGGGCAGCAUUCCAGGUCCGGACAGCCGGCCCCUCCGCUGCUGCCGAGCAGAUGCAGCCAGGGUUUGUCAUGGAGCAGGCGUCCGCCGGCCAGCAGAGAGUGUCACUGAGCGCCCCCCAGCAGCCGCUGGCAGAGCUGAUGCCCACGGCACUGGCAGGGCAUAGUCCCCAGCAGGCGGUGCUCAGACUCUCUGCCCCACCAGCAGCUGCCCCAGUCCAACCGCCCAUGAGCAUGGUCAGCCUGGGCUCUGUGCAUCAGCACCCCCUACCCAGCUGGGAACAGAGCCCCCAAGAGCCAAAGGAAGCCUCCCCGCCCACCCUGGCCAGCCCGCCCAGUGUGGCACAGAGCCCUGGGGUACUGCCCGAGCACAGACUGACGCCCACCCAGAACAGCCUCCUAGCGGAGCCGCUGCCUGCCAUCCCAAAGCCACCUCCCAGCCAAACAGAGGAGGAGUCCUUUGCUAAGACCCCUGGCCACUGGGACCUGGCAGCACAGGGUCCCAGCUCCUCUCCCAGCAGGGAGCCCACAGAUGGAUCGAGAAAGCCACCAGACCGGAGCCUGGCCAGGAGUCAAGUCAACGGGCAGCUGGGAGAAAGGCCAGGCCCACAGGCCUCUCCUCUGGAAGGGGGGGCCCUGUCAGCUGAGGCCCCCGGGGUCUGCAUCAAGCAGGAGCCCAAGGAGGAGACAGCGCACUGCGUGCUGGGCGGGGGCCAGGCUGUGAAACGCGAGGCCAAUGGCGAGCCGGCGCCCGCCCCGGCCAACAGUCUGCUGCUGGGCAGCCAGCUGCUGGUGGGUGCCCGGUCUGAGGCUGGGCACCUGCUGCUGCAGAAGCUGUUGCGGGCCAAGAACGUGCAGCUGGCGUCGCAGCGCUCCGCAGAGGGGCUGCGCUCCAAGGUCAACGGGCACAGCGACGGCAAGCUCUCGGGGCUGGAGCAGAGGCUGCAGGCGGCUCCACCUGGCAGAGAGGAUCCCUCUGCCAGCAAGAAGCCUCUGGCCCCAAAGCCCAAGCGGGCCCAGAAGAGCGGGGAGCGGGUGGCCGCCUCCCGCAAGAAGCUGCGCAAGGAGGAUGGGCUCAAAUCCAGCGAGGCCCUAAUGAAGCAGCUGAAGCAGGAGCUCUCCCUGCUGCCCCUGGUGGAACCCACCAUCACAGCCAACUUCAGCCUCUUCGCGCCCUUCGGCAGCAGCCCCAUCAAUGGCAAGAGCCAGCUGAAGGGGGCGUUCGGCAGUGCCGUGCUGGACAGUGUUCCUGACUACUACACCCAGCUGCUCACCAAGAACAACCUGAGCAACCGCUCUACCCCGCCCUUCUCACGCCCCACCAACGCCCUACCGUGCCAGCAGAAGAUGGUGAACGGCGGCACCUCCUCGGAGGAGCGGCCGAGCAGCGCAAGAGCCACAGGCCGGGAAAGCCGAAGGCCAAAAGACGCGCCAGCCGUGGAAGUGAAGAGCCUAGACCUGCUGGCGGCCCUGCCCACGCCCCCGCACAACCAGACCGAGGACGUGAGGAUGGAGAGUGACGAGGAGAGCGACUCCCCCGACAGCAUCAUCCCCGCCUCGUCCCCAGAGAGCGUCCUGGGCGAGGAGCCACCUCGCUUCCCCCUGCUGGCCGACGCGAAGCUGGAGCUGCAGGAACGGGUGCUAUCGCCCGUCAUCCCCAUCAUCCCCAGGGCCAGCAUCCCAGUGUUCCCAGACCCGAGGCCCCCCGAGGUGCGGGAGCCCUUCAGGGAGCACGGCGGGAAGGUGGCCCUGGCGCAGGGCGUCGCAUGGGAGAAAGGGAAAGGCAGCGAAGUCUCCGUCAUGCUGACCGUCUCAGCUGCAGCUGCUAAGAACCUGAAUGGCGUCAUGGUGGCCGUGGCCGAGCUGCUCCGCAUGAAGAUCCCCAGCUCCUACGAGGUGCUGUUCCCCGAGAGCCCGGUGCGGGGCUCCGGGCCUGAGGCCAAGAAGGUGGAGACGGAUGGGGCUGGUGGGCUUGGAGGCAAGGCCAAGGCGGCGCUGGCAGGGAAAGCCCCCGACGCUGGCACUGAGUGGCUGAAGCAGUUUGAUGCCAUGCUGCCGGGGUACAGCCUCAAGAAUGAACUGGACAUCCUGACGCUGCUCAAACAGGACAGCCCGGGGCUGGAGAAGGCCGUGCAGCACUGCUAUGUGAACAACGUCUCCAACCUGGACGUGCGUCAACUCUCCACCCUGCCCCAGGAGCCGUCCCCGCCCCUGUCGCCCCUUGCCCCCUCCCCUGCCAGCCCUGCUGAUGGGGACAGGAUCCCAGAGGCACCCCCUGAGGUGGCCCCUGCGCCCCUCUCCCCACCCUCCAAGGAGGAGGCGGCGGCGCGCUCGCCGCCCAAGCUCAAGCAGCGCUUGCGGCCCCCAGAAGAGGGAGAGGAGCCCCGGCCCCGGCUCAAGAAGUGGAAGGGGGUGCGGUGGAAGCGGCUGCGCUUCCUCAUCACCAUCCAGAAGGGCGGAGCCAAGCAGGACGGUGAGAAGGAGAUCUCCGAGUUCAUAGAGAAGCUGGGUACCACCCUGCGGCCCGAGAAGGUGCCCCGGGACCUGCGCAAGUGCUGCUUCUGCCACGAGGAGGGGGACGGUGCCACCGACGGGCCCGCCCGCCUCCUCAACCUUGAUCUGGAUCUCUGGGUGCACCUGAACUGUGCCCUGUGGUCCACUGAGGUGUACGAGACACAGGGCGGGGCACUGAUCAACGUGGAGGGGGCGCUGCACCGAGGGCUGCUCACCAAGUGCUCCCUAUGCCAGAAAACGGGUGCCACCAACAGCUGCAACCGCAUCCGCUGCCCCAGCGUCUACCACUUCGCCUGCGCCAUCCGGGCCAAGUGCAUGUUCUUCAAGGACAAGACCAUGCUGUGCCCACUGCACAAGCUCAAGGGCCCCUGCGACCAGGAGCUCAGCACCUUCACCGUCUUCCGGCGCGUCUACAUCGAGCGUGACGAGGUCAAGCAGAUCGCCAGCAUCAUCCAACGCGGCGAGCGCCUCCACAUGUUCCGCGUGGGCGGCCUGCUCUUCCACGCCAUCGGCCAGCUGCUGCCCCACCAGAUGGGCGACUUCCACAGCGUCACGGCCCUCUACCCUGUGGGCUUCGAGGCCACCCGCAUCUACUGGAGCCUGCGAACCAACAACCGCCGCUGCUGCUACCGCUGCACCAUCUGCGAGAACAACGGGCGCCCCGAGUUUGUGGUGCAGGUCAUCGAACAGGGCCUGGAGGACCUGGUCUUCACCGACUCCUCACCACAGGCUGUCUGGAACCGCAUCAUUGAGCCGGUGGCGGCCAUGAGGAAGGAGGCGGACAUGCUGCGGCUCUUCCCCGAGUAUCUGAAGGGCGAGGAGCUCUUUGGCCUCACAGUGCAUGCGGUGCUGCGCAUCGCCGAGUCCCUGCCUGGUGUGGAGAGCUGCCAAAACUACCUGUUCCGCUAUGGGCGCCACCCGCUGAUGGAACUGCCGCUCAUGAUCAACCCCACCGGCUGUGCCCGCUCCGAGCCCAAGAUCCUCACCCACUACAAACGGCCCCACACCCUGAACAGCACCAGCAUGUCCAAGGCCUACCAGAGCACGUUCACGGGUGAGACCAACACGCCCUACAGCAAGCAGUUCGUGCACUCCAAGUCCUCACAGUACCGCCGCCUCAAGACCGAGUGGAAGAACAACGUGUACCUGGCACGCUCCCGCAUCCAGGGGCUGGGACUCUAUGCCGCCAAGGACCUGGAGAAGCACACCAUGGUCAUCGAGUACAUCGGCACCAUCAUCCGCAACGAGGUGGCCAACCGGCGCGAGAAGAUCUACGAGGAGCAGAACCGGGGAAUCUACAUGUUCCGCAUCAACAAUGAACACGUCAUCGACGCCACGCUGACGGGGGGCCCAGCCAGGUACAUUAACCACUCGUGCGCCCCAAACUGUGUGGCUGAGGUCGUGACCUUCGACAAGGAAGAUAAGAUCAUUAUCAUCUCCAGCCGCCGGAUUCCCAAAGGGGAGGAGCUGACCUACGACUAUCAGUUUGACUUUGAAGACGAUCAGCAUAAGAUCCCCUGCCACUGCGGAGCCUGGAACUGCAGGAAGUGGAUGAACUAGCCGCCAUAGGGCCACCAGUCGCAGGCAGCCCCUGGUGCGCAGCUUCAAGGAGGCCUCUGCUGUGGGUUCUCCUCCCCCCUUGCCAUGCUGGGGGCGGGGGAGGCAGAGAUGGCGUAGGGGAAACGGCCCCAGCUGGAACCCAGGAAGCGAGGUUGGUGCAGGUGGGUCAGCCGGGGCGGCUUUUGGUUCCAAAGGCAAGGUGGCUCCAGGGGGCGCCGGUCCUUGCUCACACCCAUCAGAUGCUGUCCACGUAACUUCCACAGGGAGGGCGUAUCGAAAAGACCAGGGACCUCCGUUCUCUCCCUGGCCGCACCAGCCCUGCGCGCCUCGGCCCUGGGCCUCUGCUGGCAGGGCGCUGCUCUCCCCGAGUGGGUGGCCGCAGCGCCAUGAGUGGAACUGAUGAACUGGCAACUCAGGGUUUUCUUUGUUUUGUUUUGCAAGGAGGGCAGGGCCUGUGGCACCAACAAAACCUGCUCUGUCCACCUUGCUCACUGUAAAUAACUGGAUGGAUGCGGGGCGAGCGGGGUGCUCCAGCUCGGAGUCUGGGGUGGGGCGGCCGAGGGAGCGGACGCACGGGGAGCUCAGAUCCAGUCUGUUUGUUUAAAAAAAAAAAAAAAAAAAGCUAAUAAUAUUUGCUCGCUAACUUACCAAGG